AUGGCGACUUCCAACGACCACCGAAAAGUGACUAAGCGAUCUUCAAAUGCCUGCUUGCGCUGCCGCAGACAGAAAAUCAAAUGCUCAGGCCAACAGCCGUGUUCGAAUUGCGGCAGACGAAACUUGACAUGCAUCUUCGACGACAGAGACAACAAGAUCUUAGUAACUCAAGGAUACCUUUCCGACCUACAAGCAAAACUUGCUAGAUUAGAGCGAACCCCAGAGAACGUGCCAGGUGCGCCCGAAGCACGGCCGACAGAGAAAGAAGCGCCCAAUCGUGCUGAAAGACGCGGCUCACCAGAUGAGGAGGAACAAAGACAACCGGCGACGCGAUCUAGUCCUAGUGGCACAAGAGAGAGUUCGCCGAGGAGUAGACAGGCGGAUCCUGAUGGAGGGAAUCUGAUGAACCCGAUGCUCGAGGAGCCCUCCAAGUUCAUGUUAUCCUCGUCAGGAAGAACUUUUUACCUUGGCACCUCUUCGAAUUGGUCAUUUCAUGGCCAAAUCCUCAACCUGGUCCACGAGCAUAUUCAUAAAUCACCGCUGCCUGGCGCAGAACUGCUGUUUGAUGGCUCAGCGUAUGAGCUUCCGUGGGACGGAACUCGAAGUCUGCCGGAUUCCAGCGCUCCCAUCAUUCCCAGCAUCGACUAUGCUAUUUUCUUGAUCAAUGCUGUCAAGUUCCAUUGCGCUCAGCUUGUGCAUUUAUUUGACGAAGACGAGUUCAACGCCAAUUUGCAUGCAUUCUACUCCAAUUCCGAAAGCGGUGCAUGGAAAGGGAGUUUGUGGUAUAUCCAUUUCCUACUAAUCAUUGCGUUCGGCAAAUCAUUUGUCCAACACAAGCAUCAGCCACCGAGGCCACCUGGGGCCGACUUCUUCGUCCGAGCGCUUCAACUUCUUCCGGAUACCAGUCGACUUUGUAGCGAACCAGUAACAGCCGUAGAAAUCCUCUGCUGUAUAGCGCUGUAUUUUCAGUCACUCGAUUCUCGCAACGCGGCAUAUGUUACCAUUGGUCAGGCUAUGCGUGUAGCAUUGGCCCAGGGCAUGCACACAGACAUGCCAGUCGAAAAUCUAGGACAACCACUUGUCCAGCGAUGCCGGAAGAUAUGGUGGACAGUCUACAUUCUCGAUCGCCAAAUGACAGCCUUGAUGGGUCUGCCGCAGUCGAUUCGAGACGAUGACAUUUCCUGCCAGCUUCCCAACUUCAACGGGUCGGCUCAGCGGGCGGCGGCACUCAAUAUGCAGAUCAAACUAGCUCGCAUAUACGCGGAUAUUGCUAGAACCGUGUACGGCAACAAAGGCCGCCUUCGCAAGAAGUUUGUCGUCAGCAUAAAGGUUGUUUUAGAUGACCUGGUGUCGUUAGCAGAAGAGCUUCGGCAAUCUUUUCCUUUGCAUGCAGAUGAGCGCUUUGGUGGCAUCUCCAGAAUGCCAGCGCAUCUGCACUUGAUGUAUUACCAGACAAUCGUUGUUGUAACCAGGCCGCUGCUAUUCUGCUGCUUGAGGAAAAUCUUCGAAUCUCCGCGAGAGGUACAGCCUCUAAUUUCAUCGAAGAAGAUCCGAUCAUUACUCCACAUGUCCUUGGAGGCUUCACAAAAGAUCUUGAAUAUUCUUGAGGGCUUGCAGGACCAAGGACUCCUCGAGACAUUUCUCCCAUGGGACCUCGACUCACUCUUCGUAUCAACGAUGGUCCUCAUACUUACCCGAUUCGUUGACUUCAGUCUAAUGGACAACCAGACCAUUUGGUUAGAUAAAGCAUACACCUUUCUGGAAACCAUGAUAGCGAGCGGCAACCGUAUCGCUGCGUUCCGCAACAUCGAGCUCCGCAAGCUAGAUGAGAUGCUGACAGAGUACACCCUAAAUCAAAAUCGACCAUCGACCGCGUCUCCAUCCAUGACUGGGCUGGGCCCAACAAUGCGGCGUACACUAUCAUUCCCAGAAGGUUACCACUCCACAGCCGACCUGCUUCACGGAGAAGACGCGAUGGCCCCGCCCUAUAAUGGGAUAAGCGACGAAGGUAGUGGCUUUGGGGAUGACUUGACGGCCGAGCAGAUUCUUGCCGUUGCUGAGUCCAUGGACAUUGAAGGGUCAGAUUGGCUUUCUUUUGCGACAUUAGACAACUACCAAAUGGUGGAUCCGCAGAUGUAG